CCGCCUCCGACGUCACCGCUGUCAGCAAAGAUGGCGGCGUCCUGUGUGCGGACCGUGGGCUCGUUUCUGGGGAAAUGUAUGACAUGCAGCUCGAGUAUAAACACAGUCGCCACGCAGGUGCUGCUGAGCAGGCAGGUAUGUGUGAGCUCUGCCCUGUGCAGGAAGAACCUGGCGGCCGCUGGACCGGAGAAGUUCACCCUGGAGUACAUCCAAAAGCAGGUGGAGGAGUACGAAAUCGGGAAACGCUACCUGGCCAAUAUGAUGGGAGAAGAUCCCGAGAACUUCACCCAGGAGGACAUCGAUAGAAGCAUCACGUACCUUUUUCCCUCCGGCCUGUUUGAGAAGACAGCUCGGCCGCUCAUGAAGCAUCCUGAUGAAAUCUUUCCCAAGCAAAGAGCUGUCCAGUGGGGAGCAGACGGGCGGCCCUUUCACUUCCUGUUUUACACCGGCAAGCAGUCCUACUACUCCCUCAUGCAUGAUCUUUAUGGCAAAAUCCUGAAAAUCGAGAAGCACCAAGAUCGUCUGAGGGCCAAAGGACUUUUCUCCCAGGAUGCCGAGCUGAUUCAUUUCUGGGAUGAUUUGGAAGGUCGGAGGAAGACAUCAGACUCAUCUUUGAUCCUGCGGGACUGCGGCUCAGGACACAUUACCGUCAACGGCCAGGACUACCUCCAAUACUUCCCCGUGCUGCAGGACAGAGAGCAGCUGAUGUUCCCGUUGCAGUUCAUGGGCGUGCUGGGCCGCUUCAACUUGGAGUGUAAGGUGAGCGGCGGGGGCAGGUCGAGCCAGGCGGGGGCGCUGAGACUCGCCAUUUCCCGUGCGCUGCUCAGCUUCCUGUCUGAGGGAGAUGGGGAGGCGAUGAGACAAGCUGGUCUGCUGACCCCCGACCCAAGAGUGAGGGAGAGGAAGAAGCCUGGACAGGAGGGAGCACGACGGAAAUUCACUUGGAAGAAGCGCUGAGGGGCGGAUCAGUUCCCCCUGAGCUUGGAUAUGAAACAUUCAAACUGACUUCUGACAUCAUUGAAACUGCUUUAUUUUCUCUCCAGAGGCGAUGUCACUCUGUCCUCUUUAAGCUCUUGGUGCCAAGUGCUAUGCUUUCUCACAUGGUUUUCAUGAUGCACCUGCUGCAGGUGCAUCAUGAAAACACACACACACCUUCACACACACACCUUCAGCCACCAGAUGGAGACAUGUUAUAAGAAAUUCAUAGUUUGGACUGUUUAUCUGUACAUCAAUUAAUAAAUUAAAGAUUUUCUAUAAAAUAGAAAUAAAGGUUGUGAUAUUUUG